GGCGCGGCCCCGCCCUCCUCGCCGCUCCGCAGGCUCCCUCCCCUCGCCGGGGGCUGCGAGUUGCAUUUGGUAAAACCCAGCCUCGGAAUAUAUAGAUCAUUGGAGCGCAAUGAAGUAGCCUUUGGAGAGGAGGGAGGGGGCCGUCCGACAGCCACAGCGGCCAGUGCAGCGCAGCGGUAGCAGCGGCGGCAGCACCAUCGCCGCUCGCACCCCAGCCGCCCGGCCCGCGAGGAGGCAGCGGCGACCGCCGGAGCGAGCGGAGGAGGCGGCGGAGCGCGCGGAGAGGCGGGGAGGAGCAGCAGCAGGGGCGCGCGGACGCUGGUCCACGCAUCUCGGCACUUCCAGACCAACUCCGGCGCCUUCCACACCCCGGCCCCGGGCUGGGGGCUCCGAGAACCGCCGCGAAGCCACCCGAUCCUUCCCCUGAUCGCUGCCCAGCCCUGCCCUGCGCCUCCCGGGCUCCGGUCCGCGCGGCGGGGUCCCCACUCCUGCGCCCCGGGCGCGCCUCCCGGACUCCCCGGUCCCUGCAGCCAGGACAAAAGCCAUGAAGCCGGCGCUGCUGGAAGUGAUGAGGAUGAACAGAAUUUGCCGGAUGGUGCUGGCCACUUGCUUGGGAUCCUUUAUCCUGGUCAUCUUCUAUUUCCAAAGUAUGUUGCACCCAGUCAUGCGGAGGGAUCCCUUUGGUGUGGACAUCUGCUGUCGAAAGGGGUCACGGAGUCCCCUGCAGGAGCUCUACAACCCGAUCCAGCUGGAACUCUCCAACACGGCCGUCCUGCACCAGAUGAGGCGGGACCAGGUGACCGACACGUGCCGAGCCCACAGCGCCCUGAGCCGCAAGCGGCGGGUGCUGACCCCCAGCGACCUGAAGCACCUGGUGGUGGACGAGGACCACGAGCUCAUCUACUGCUACGUGCCCAAGGUGGCGUGCACCAACUGGAAGCGGCUCAUGAUGGUCCUGACGGGCCGCGGCAAGUACAGCGACCCCAUGGAGAUCCCGGCCAGCGAGGCGCACGUGGCGGCCAACCUCAAGACGCUCAACCAGUACAGCAUCCCCGAGAUCAACCACCGCCUCAAGAGCUACCUCAAGUUCCUGUUCGUGCGCGAGCCCUUCGAGAGGCUGGUGUCCGCCUACCGCAACAAGUUCACGCAGAAGUACAACACGUCCUUCCACAAGCGCUACGGCACCAAGAUCAUCCGGCGCCAGCGCAGGAACGCCACGCAGGAGGCGCUGCGCCGCGGCCACGACGUGCGCUUCGAGGAGUUCGUCGCCUACCUCAUCGACCCGCACACGCAGCGCGAGGAGCCCUUCAACGAGCACUGGCAGACGGUGCACUCGCUGUGCCACCCGUGCCACAUCCGCUACGACCUCGUGGGCAAGUACGAGACCCUGGAGGAGGACUCCAACUACGUGCUGCAGCUGGCGGGCGUCGGCGGCUCGCUCAAGUUCCCCGCCUACGCCAAGUCCACCCGAACUACGGACGAGAUGACCACCGAGUUCUUCCAGAACAUCAGCUCCGAGCACCAGACGCAGCUCUACGAAGUCUACAAACUCGACUUUUUAAUGUUCAAUUACUCAGUGCCAAGCUACCUGAAAUUGGAAUGA